CUGAUUCUAAAAAUGAGCCAUCCAGUAUUGGUGAAAUCGUCUCCUUCAAGCAUUCCUGGUUUCAAAAUCAGCAUCAAGGCCAAAGAGUCAGAGAUAAUGAUGAUGAUGAUGAUGACGAAGAAGCUGGCUUUGAACCUUCGAGUUCUGACGGUGCGGAAAUGGACUUGGCUACAGGCACAUCUUGUUUCAAGAACAGACAAGAAAGGGCAAGCUUAAAGGAUGACGAUGGGAGUGUUUCUAGAAAUGAGCCAUCCAGUUGUGCUGAAAACAACUCCUCUUCAAGCUCUCCUGGUUCCAAAAUGAGCACCAAUAGCAAAAGUACAGAGAUAAAGAAUGAACUGAUUCUAAAAAUGAGCCAUCCAGUAUUGGUGAAAACGUCUCCUUCAAGCAUUCCUGGUUCCAAAAUCAGCAUCAAAGGCCAAAGCGUCAGAGAUAAUGAUGAUGAUGACGAAGAAGCUGGCAUUGAACCUUCCAGUUCUAACUGCAGAAAUGGACUCAGCUACAAGCACAUCUUGUUUCAAAAACAGACAAGAAAGGGCAAGCUUAAGGAUAAGGCUGGUAAUGAAGGUGAUGGUGACGAAGAAGCUUGCUCUGAACCUUUAAGUUCUAACGCACUGUUAGAAAAAAGGACACAUCUUCACGCACAUCUGGUUACAAGUACAGAGAAGAAAGGGCAUGUAAGGGGUAAUGAAGGUGGUGGUGACGAAGAAGCUUGCUCUGAACCUUUAAGUUCCAAUGCACUGUUAGAAAAGGACACAUCUUCACGCACAUCUGGUUACAAGUACAGAGAAGAAAGGGCGAGCGUAAGGGGUAAUGAAGGUGGUGGUGACGAAGAAGCUUGCUCUGAACCUUUAAGUUCCAAUGCACUGUUAGAAAAGGACAAAUCUUCACGCACAUCUGGUUACAAGUACAGAGAAGAAAGGGCGAGCGUAAGGGGUAAGGCUGGUAUUGUAUUAAAUGAUCAGCUCUCAUUGGAUUGUUGUGGAGAUUUGUCACCACUACCAACUUACAUAAAGAGUGCAUUUGGGUGGAUACCUCUUUAUUAAUGUACUGUGUUUCUAGUGCGUGUGUGUGUGCCUCGUACCUCACAAUGUCUGUUCAGUAAAUUGUAUAUUACACUUUUCGACUGCACGUUUUGACAACCAAAACUAAAAAAGAGGCCCAUGAGGGCCUGAAUCGCUCUACUGCUUUAAACACUGUCACUGUGACCUUGACCUUUGACCUAGCAACCUAAAAAUCAAUAGGGGUCAUCA